AUGGCAACUCCCGAACAUCCUAUUAACAUCAGCUUCCCGGAAGAACGCUUAGAUACCCCACUUCCUCCAUCUGUAAAGCUUCAAAAAGCUCACGAAGAGCACGAAUUGCUCGUUCAAAAUGAGGUUACUACCGAGAUUGAACAUCCGACCGUAAGAAACACUGCCCCGUCCUAUGACACCGAUUUUCCUUCACUUUCUUCGACGACUGCGUCCUCAAAGUCAUCUGUUUGGGGUAGUCGUUCUGGUGCUGAGCUCAUUCGCAAUUCCGGUUCUGCAUCUGCUGGUUCAACUAGUGAUAACCGUAAACAAAAUACCGAGCCAUUUACCGCGUUACACUCAAAUCCUGCUAUUAAGAAACCAAGUAUUAUUACCGAGAGACUCGAAUUGCCUGCGUCUCAGCAAUUACAAAAAAGAGAAUUUGGCAAUAAAACCACAACUGCUGAUAUUGUUAAGCGUAUCAAGGAUAAAACUAACGUUCACAUUGAUGUGUCCACUGCUCAAAGGACCGGUACAACCACUUACUUGAUUAAGGGGAAGCUAGAAGACGUAAUGAGAGCGAAGCGUGAACUUCUAGAUAACUUAGCCGUUAAGAUUGAAGCAAUCAUACAAGUUCCGGUUUCUGCGCGUCUUGUUCUUCUCGGAUAUCGCGGUCAAACUUUACAGGCAAUUACCAUGAAGACAGGCACUCGAAUUCAGUUACCACCUCGUCAAGAAAAUUCCGUUGAAGAAAAAUUGGAGUCUGAUUACGAUGAAGAAGAAGAAAUGAUGAGUGUCAAGAUUGAGGGUGACGUGAAAGGAGUAUCUGCAGCUAAAGCAGAAAUUGAAGCUAUUGUCAAUGAUAGGGAGAUCAGGCGUCGAAUCACUCACAUCGAACGCUGUUACUUUCCUUUAAUCAUGGGUGCUCGUAACAGGCAAAUUCAAAGAAUUAUCUCGGAAACUGGUGUCAAAAUUCAUUUUCCUCCAUAUAUUGCGAUCCAUGAAAAUGGUGAUGGUCACGAAAGAGAUAGCAUUGUUGUCAACGGAGAACGCGAAGCUGUGAAAAAGGCUAUUGAAUUAAUCGAAGAAAUUUAUAUGGACUUGAAAAGCAACACUCGUACUAUUACUGUCGAUAUUCCCAAGUUUCAGCAAAAAUAUCUUGCUGGUACGAAAGGUGCUUACCUCCAUGAAAUUCUUGAAACCACAGGAUGUUCCUUGGAACUUUCACCACUAUCGGACCCAUCAGAUAAAGUGACUAUCCGUGGGUUACAAAACCAACUUAUGGUUGCUUUGCAAGCUGUAAUGGAGAAGGCCGGUUCCAUUCAUGUCGAGGUGCUUGACAUUGCGCAUGUUCAUAAAUCAGAUCAGGAACACGUCAAAAAUGUUCUGAAGUAUCUGGUUAAUAGAGGAAAGCUCAAAAAGAUUGAGACUGAUUACAAUAUUCAAAUAAUUUCGCCGAAGGGACCGUCGUUGGAAAAGGGUGCGGUCCUGGAAUUUGUGUGCAAAGUUCCUGCAGACGCUGAAAAUUCUAAUAAGGUUAACGUAGAAAAUGCCAGAAGGGAGGUAACUGAGAUUAUCAAGAAUUUGCCUCCAGGAAAUUUUGCUGUUGCCACCAUCGAGCCACAUCUUCAUAGGCAUGUUAUCGGUCGCAAGGGUCAAAAUCUUCAGAGAGUAAAAGAGACCUACGGCGUUGAAAUCAUCGUGCCUGAUGAAAAGGAUGAGAGCCCAGAUAUUUUAAUUGUCUAUGAGGGUAAACAUGAAGAGAUCCCCGCUGAUAAGAAAAAAAAAGAGCAUAUCAAAGAAGUAUUGGAAAAGGCUAAGAAUGAACUGAUUAAGGCUGGACAAGAUGCGUCUGAUUUUGCUACACAAACCCUCAACAUCCCUGUCAAAUUUCAUCGACACAUAAUUGGACCAAGAGGUGCGACACUCAACAGUAUCACUGGUGGCAUUGACGCCCCAGUUUCCGUGAAGUUUGGAUCUUCUCGAACCGGCGCAGCAGAACGAUCCGCACAUGCAGAAGGUAAAAAAUUGGAUCUAGUGCUUAUGUCUAAUGAUGUGGUGGUAAUUAAGGGCCCAACUGAAGAGGUUGAAAGAGUGGUUAAAGAGAUUAACCGAGUUGUUGAAGAAGCAAAACAUCAUGAGAUAAUGAAUUCUUACACUGUUGAGUUUACCUUUCCCGCCCAGUAUUCUGCCCAUAUUAUUGGAAAAGGUGGCGCUCAAGUAACUAAGUUGAAAGAGAAUUAUAAUGUAAGGAUUGAUAUUGAGGGUGGCAAGAAUGAAGAAAAGAAGACUACCCCCGGUGAAAGUGUCAAAGUCACUAUCAUGGGCAAGAAGGCUGAUGUUGAAGACGCGAAGGCAAGAAUUUUGGAUCACGUGGAUAAACUUCAAGAUGCCACUGUACUUCGCAUUAAAAUUCCCCCGGAACACCAUAAAUCAUUGAUUGGCGCCAAAGGUCGCUAUGUUAAACGUCUCGAAGAAAAAUACGGUGUUCACAUUCAUUUUCCGAAAUCUAAAGAUCAAACCGAAGAAGGUGAACUCGAUGAUGAUGCACAAAAAGCUGAUGAAGUUAUUAUUAAAGGGGGAAAGAGAGGAGCUAACGACGCAAAGACCGAGUUAUUGGAUUUGCUGGAUUAUGAAAAGGAACAUUCGAAUUCCGAAACUUUUACCAUUCCUGCUCAAUAUCUUCCCCACAUAGUUGGUCGUAAUGGUAGCAGAAUCAUAGAAAUCAAAGAUGCAACCUUCACUCGUAUAGACUUAGGAAGGCCAGAAUCGCAGGGAGAGGAUGCAACCAAUCAAGUUGUGAAUGUUUCUGUUCAAGGAACAAAGGGAGAUAUUGUCAAGGCUAAAAAUAUGAUCCUCGACAUUGUAAACGAAUUUGAAAAGCAGAUUACUAUUAUAAUGAAUAUUGACCCGCAACAUCACAGAUAUUUAAUUGGUCCUGGUGGCAACCGAAUUCGUGAAAUAGUGGCUAAAGCUUGUGGUACUGAGGACAAAAGUAAUCAAGCUGGCAUUGUGAAAUUCCCCCGUCCGGGUAAUAGUAGUGAUGAGGUAAUCCUUAAAGGUGAGAGAGACAUUGUGGAGAAGGUGAAGGCGGAACUUGAAAGAUUAGUUGAAGAACAGAGCCGCCUAAAAGUUGAAAUUAUUAAAAUUCCCCGUUCACAACAUCCUGCUAUCAUUGGACGUGGUGGAAAUCAACUUCGCGAGAUACAAAAUCGAUUUAAUGUAGAGAUCCGAUUUCCCGCCUCUCGUUCUUAUCAUGAUACCCUUCCUGCAAGUAAUAUUGGCGAAGAGGUCGAAGACGACGAUGCCGUGAAAAUUAUUGGUAAACCGGAAGACAUUGAAGCUGCUAAAGAAGAAAUAAUGUCCAAAAUUCAAUGCGAACAUGCGAUAAGCGUCCCGCUUAAAUUCUUCAAAAUGUUGUCACCCGAAGGCACUGUAUCACGUAAACUUUGGAAUGAAUUUCAUGUUCAAUUGGAAUGCAAUGAAAUGCCAAAAGAAAAUUUAUCCAAAAAUGAUUAUGGGUGGCACUUUGAAAAAAACUUUGAUGAGGACGAUAAUGGAGAAAUUAAAUUUGUCUUGAAAGGAGAAAGAUCGCAGGUUGGACUCGCGGAAAAAUAUUUGAAUGAUUUCUUUGAGAACGAGAUCAAAUUCACUCACACAGGUUACAUGACCAUUCCUCAACAAUAUUACCGUCAUAUCAUUGGUCGCCAUGGAACUACAAUUGCCCGUAUUCGUAAUGAAAGUGGGUGUAGAAUUGAAGUCCCAAAAAAGAACGAGGGUGAUGUAGUUUUCGUUGGAUCUCUGGAAGGAAUAGAGAAUGCUCGAAAGCAAAUGGUAGAAGUAGUCGAAAGAGCUGAAAAAUAA